CACCGCAGUCUCGCUUUCCGGCGGGUCCGCGGAGCUCGCGGCUAACGCCGCCAUCAGCCCGGGCUCCUCAGUGCGCUCCCGGUUUUUUGGUUCCGGAACGGCUAGUGUGUGGCGCGAGAGCGAGGCCGAGACCGGGCCCGGUUCAGGCCCGACCCGCGAGGUGACCUUGGUCGAGUGCCCUGUCGCGCCGAGCUGUGGCGCCCAUCCGUGGGCCUGUUAGUGAUCCGGUUCCCGAGCGGUUGAGGACGUAGACCUAGAGCGGCCCCUAUAGGCUUGCCCCAGGGCAAGGGGAGCGCCGGGCCGGGGGCUGUGGCGGAAGCUGGGUGCGGGGGAGAUGCCCCUCCACGUGAAAUGGCCGUUCCCCGUGGUGCCGCCGCUCACCUGGACCCUGGCCAGCAGCGUCGUCAUGGGCCUGGUGGGCACCUACAGCUGCUUCUGGACCAAGUGCAUGAACCACCUCACCGUCCACAACAAGGAGGUGCUGUACGAUCUCAUCGAGAACCGAGGCCCAGCCACACCCCUCAUCACGGUGUCCAAUCACCAGUCGUGCAUGGAUGACCCUCAUCUCUGGGGGAUCCUGAAACUCCGUCACAUCUGGAACCUGAAGUUGAUGCGUUGGACCCCCACAGCUGCAGACAUCUGCUUCACCAAGGAGCUGCACUCACACUUCUUCAGCUUGGGCAAGUGUGUGCCCGUGUGCCGAGGAGACGGCGUCUACCAGAAGGGAAUGGAUUUCAUUUUGGAGAAGCUCAACCACGGGGACUGGGUGCACAUCUUCCCAGAAGGGAAAGUGAACAUGAGCUCUGAGUUCCUCCGCUUCAAGUGGGGAAUAGGUCGCCUGAUCGCCGAAUGUCAUCUCAAUCCGAUCAUCCUGCCCCUGUGGCAUGUUGGAAUGAACGAUGUCCUUCCUAACAGUCCACCCUACUUUCCCCGCUUUGGGCAGAAAAUCACCGUGCUGAUUGGCAAGCCCUUCAGCGCCCGGCCUGUGCUUGAACGGCUGCGGGCAGAGAACAAGUCAGCAGUGGAGAUGCGCAAAGCCCUGACGGACUUCAUCCAAGAGGAAUUCCAGCGCCUGAAGAGCCAGGCAGAGCAGCUCCACAACCACCUGCAAGCCAGAUAGGUGCCAUCCUGCCUAGACCCGGGUCCAGCUGCCUUUUGGACUGGGAGGGGGUGGCGAGGCCUGGGCCAGACACAGCUCUGGGACCCCUCCCAGCUCUCUCAGCGCCGCCUUUGGGUGCUGGGCUGGGGGAUGGACUGAUGCUCGGAGCUCAGAUAUGGUCCUUUUGACAGAUUGGUGCAUAACCCUUCCAGGGUUCCCUCUCCGAGUGGGCGAGCAUUGUAGCACCUCUGGUUCUGCCACUGAAAGAAGGCUCUCAGCUGCUCCUCGCACUUGGCCACGCAGGGAGGAAAGACCUUUAGGCGGGGGGCCCUGUGCUCUUUCACCUGCAAGCCGUUUGCUCCCAGAGCUGGGGACUGGAAGGAGGGCCUGAUCCAGCAGGGCACUGGAAGGAGGAGCCCUGAUCUCACUGCUUCCUCAGGGAUAGCCAUCAGCCAUGUCUUUCUUCUGCCUGUGCUCCCUGCAGGCAUGGGAGCCUCGGGCAGGGCCCAGCCCUGGGCUGCAGGUGGAAGAGCUGCCCUUUUCUAUAAGGGGAGCCAGGUCCAAUGGGGCCCAAGACCCGGCCCCUCGCUGGGGCCCACUGUUCUUUCUGCCUCCCUGGCAUCACUUGAAUCCCUUUGUUGUUUUAUAAACUAUCAGUAAAGGAUUUGUGUUGUGCU